AAUCACUUCUAAUUUUUCCACAUUUGCAAUUCGAUUCGAACAAUUUCCUUAAAUGGCUGAAAAAAAGCAAUACAUUUCCACGGAGCCUGCUGAUAAGAUCAAAUUUCGCGCGGAUCCCAAAGAAGAGCAAAAAACGUUUCUGAAGAUUACCAAUAAAAGUGAAAUGAAACAGGCAUUCAAAGUGAAAUGUACUAGAAACGACUUGUUUCGAAUCAAACCGGCUACUGGAAUUCUCGAUUAUAAUCAGUCACUCACUAUUGCUCUUAUCUACAGAGGCGGUCAAGACAAUGUUCCAUCAGAUGAAAAACAUCAUUUUGGUGUCUAUCAUAUUCCUGCACCAGAAGGAUGUACUUGUGAAGGUGCUUGGGCUGAACACUAUGGACCACCACAAGGAGAGCAUAAGCUUCGAGUUGUCUGGGAAUGAACUUCUGCUCUUGAAAUAAAUUAUUUCAUUGAU